AUGGCUACUCGCCGCGUCACCCGCCGCUCGCUCACGAACCAGCAGGUCGAAAACGACCUCGCAAACCGGGUUGGAGGAGGGCCUGCGCGCACCGCGUCGGCUGCUCACGCUGCUGGGCCAGUAAAGCAGGGUGUCGCGUUGGCAGUGACGGGCAAGUCGGCCGCGGGAACGUCGGCUGCAGCGGGAUCGAGGCGAACAGCUGUCGGGACUUCGAAGGGAGUGUUGGCCGACAAGACUGCCGCUGCUAAUGCUGCCGCCGGGACCGCCGCCGCGCGAGGAAAGCGCUCGGCCUUUGGAGACGUGACCAACGGCAAGGGUGCCUCCAAGUCGCAGCUCGCCGUCGCGGGCCCGUCCAAAGCCAUCGCUGCGUCGUCCAAGGCUGCUGCGCCUGCUCCUGCGGCUGCGGCAACGUCAUCCAACACGGUCAAGCGGACGUAUCGGACGCGGUCGUCGACCGGCGGCGUCAAGCAAGAGCCUGCGGACGAUGCGGCCGGCCUCGAGUCGGAUGCGAUGGCCAUCGACGAGGACGUCAAGCCCGCCGCGAGGCAGGUCCGCGGUCUGCGCAAGCCGACUGCCGGCGUCAAGGCUUCGACUUCGACCGCCACCACUGCUGCAUCUCGCCGCCCUCUCGCCACCAAGCGCGCGAACGUCCCGGCCGCCGGCACGAGUCGAACAGCUGCUGCUGCCGCUGCGAAGGCGAAGACAACCCCUCCCGCUGUCCGCGCCGCGCGGCAAAGACGCGAAGAGGCCGAGGCGAAGCACCGCGCUGCGCUUGCCGAGCUCGAGUCUGCGCGGAGGGUCGAGGAGGCCGAGUUGAAGCGUGCGAGGGAGAUCGAGGAGCUCGACUUGGAGGACGGCGGGCGGCGCGCGAAGAGGCAGAAGACGAGCGAGCCUGAGCCGCUGGAGUAUGUCGAUGAGGACGACGAGGACGAGGACGCGGUCGACUAUGAGCAGGCGAGGGUCAGCAAGUGGGAGACUGAGGUGGAGGAGAAGCCCAAGUGGGUCGACUUGGACGCCGGCGACGAGGAAGACCCGCUCAUGGUCUCGACGUAUGUCGUCGAGAUCUACGAGUACCUCCGCGAACUCGAGCUCACGACGAUGCCCGAUCCGGAUUACAUCUCGAACCAGAGCGAGGUGACAUGGAAGAUGCGCGGGAUUCUCGUCGACUGGCUCGUCGAGAUCCACACCAAGUUCCGCCUGUUGCCCGAAACCAUUUUCCUCGCCGUCAACAUCCUCGACCGCUUCCUCUCUGUCCGCGUCGUCUCGCUCGUCAAGUUCCAGCUCGUCGGCGUCACGGCCCUCUUCAUCGCCGCCAAGUACGAAGAGGUCGUGUGCCCAUCGGUGCAGAACUUUCUCUUCAUGACCGACGGAGGCUUCACCGACGAGGAACUCCUCAAGGCCGAGCGGUACAUCCUCGGCAUCAUCGACUUCAACCUGUCGUACCCGAACCCGCUCAACUUUCUCCGCCGCAUCUCCAAGGCCGAGGGCUACGACAUCCAGUGCCGCACCAUGGCCAAGUACCUCAUGGAGAUCUCGAUCGUCGACCACCGCUUCAUGGCCGCCCCGCCUUCGCUCAUCGCCGCUGCCGCGACCUGGCUUGCACGCCGCGUCCUCGAGAAGGGCGAGUGGGACGCGAACUUGAUCCACUACUCGGGCUACACGGAAGACGAGCUCAAGCCGACCGCGCAGCUCAUGCUCGACUACGUCGUCCGCACCUCGCCGCACCUCUCGUCGUGGGCGCAGAGUCUCGCCGAGGGCGAGGAGGCGAUCGAGAACCCGCUCGAGUCGAGCCCGAUCGAGCACGAGCAGGAGCACCCGAACUUUGUCAAGAAGUAUGCCGCCAAGAAGUUCUUCAAAGCUUCGGUCGCCAUGCGCAAGUGGGCCGAGGCGGAAUACGCACCCGAGCCGUACUACGACGACGACGGCGAGCUCCAGCGCCGUGCGGUCCCGCUCGAGCUCUGA